AUGGAGAGGUGGCGGCAGUCGUCGGCCGGUAGCUUAGCUGUAGAGAUGAAUCACAGCCAAAGCCCUAGAAUUGUUCGUGGCAGGGGUAGAAAUAAAAGGAUGUGGACAGCAGAUGAAGACGACGAGCUUGUCAAAGCCUUGUGUGAGGUAUCUGCUGAUCCUAGAUAUAAGGUUGAAGGAGGGGCCUUCAAGAACUGUUACUCUCAAGGCAUAGAGAACAUUCUUGCACAGAAGCUACCUGGCCGUGGUAUUAAAGCCAGCCCUCAUGUCGAUUCUCGGCUGAAAGUGAUGAAGCGGAAGUAUUAUUCAAUCAAGGAUAUGUUAGCAUCGCCAGGCUUCUCUUGGGAUGACACAAGAAAGAUGAUCCAAUGUGAAAAACAACGAUACGAUGAAUAUUGCAGAGACCAUCCUAGAGCCAAGGGUCUGUAUGGUGUCCCAUUUGUAUAUUUUGAUACAUUUGAUGCAAUAUAUGGCAAGGACAGAUCUGCUGGAGAAGGGUUGGAAGGGUCUGAAGAUGCAAUUGCUAACAUGGAGAAUGAAAAUACAAACGAAGUUGGAGAUGACGAAGUGGAGGACAGGAUGUCCACAGGAAUAUCUGGUCGCUCCUUGGCCGCAACAUUAAGCUCUAAGAGUCAGAAUAAAUACACGCAUGACGGGAAAAGGAAUAGGACUGAAUCAAAUUGCCCAUCUCUGGACAAGUUCAAGGAUGUACAUGUUCAGUUUCAGAAUGCCAUUCAGCAUGCCAGCACGAUGGCUGCUGCGAUGGAGCUGUUCAAGGAUGUACAUGAUCGCUUUCAAAGUGUCGUUCAGCAUGCUGGUGCGAUGGCAGCAGCAAUGGAGCUGUUCAAUGAUGCACACAGUCGUUUUCAGAGUGUUGUUCAGCAUGUCAACACCUCGACAACAGUAAUUGAACAGUUCAAGGACGCUCUUGAUCAUUUUCAAAGUAUUACGCAGAAUGGCAAGGUGAUAGCAGCUGUGGAGUAUGAUACUGAAAUGCAAGAGAAGUCAAUGUGUGAAGAGCCCCAGAGGAAGGCCAAAGUAACAGCCAUCGCUGAAGUACUGAAGCUUGGGUUUAGUGGAACUGAAGUGGUAACCACCGCAAGCAUUUUCGCAAAGGAACCAAACCAAAUGGACAUGUUUCUAGCACUGCCAGAAAUCUAUAAGAAGGAUUACAUACUCCAGAUGCUCAGUGAAAACCAGGACUUUUAUCCUGCAGUACAAGUGGACAAUGCAUCCAAUACUCAGCCGGUUAGUCUGUAUUCAGCGGGUUAG